UAUUCGGAAGUCAAGAACAUCUCCCUACCACCCUCAAGGGGAUGCCCAACCAGAACGAUUCAAUCGAACACUUUUAGCCAUGCUUGGUACCCUGGAUGCCGUACAAAAACAACAUUGGAGUCAACAUAUAACUUACCUGGUACAUGCAUACAAUUGCACAAAAAAUGAUUCCACGGGAUACUCCCCUUAUCAUCUCAUGUUCGGAAGGGAAGCAAGGUUACCCAUUGACAUCUGUUUUGGAAUCUCACCAAAUGGUGAAAGUGAAACCUCCUACCAACAGUACGUGGCCAGGAUGAGGAAAGAGUUGCAAAAAGCUUAUCAGUUGGCAUCUGAUGCUGCUACAAAGAAUCACUUGAAAAAUAAAGCCCGAUAUGACCAACGUGUGAGAGACCUACCUUUGGAGAAAGGAGACAGAGUUCUCGUACAGAAUGUGGGUCUAAAAGGCAAACAUAAACUCCAAGAUCGAUGGAAAUCAAUACCAUAUGUUGUUGUGGAGAAGUUGCCUAACCUGCCUGUUUAUAAGGUCAAACCAGAGCAUGGUUCAGGUGUGCUGAAAACUCUCCAUCGAGAUCAUCUGUUACCCAUCGGUUACAUGGUCAGGAUGUUUAACCCAUCAGAUGAUGCAAGCUCUGUUCGGGGACCUGUAACAAGAACUCAACGUACUCAGAAACGUCAACCAACCAAGUCUGAAGAAAGUGACACAGAGUCAUCAGGUUCAGAGUUUGAAACCGUCCACAAAUCUUCAGAUUUUGAUAUGGAUGAGGUCCGGAGACGGCUAAAGAUAAAUCACUCUGUGGAGAAUGAUGAGAGUGACAACUCUGAGGAGGAUGGAAAAGCUGUGGAGGAAAGCUGUGAAGUUACAGAAACUCAACAACUUACAGAGACCGAGAAUGAGGAACCGCUUGAAGGUGAUGCACCUCCUAUGCCAUACUCUGAUGUCCAAGAGACAAAUUCUGAAUCUGUAGAAGAAGAUUCUCAAGAUUCAGAAGAGGGAGCAAAGUCACCUCCCUUACAAAGAAACAAACAUAAUAUAGCUGCUGAAAGAGCAAAAAGUGAAAGGUCUUCUACAGUCCGGACAUCCCUGAGAAAACCAAAGCCACCUAUAAGAUUUACUUAUGAGGAACCUGGUCAUCCAUCUUUUGAACCAGUUACCAUCAUGCACCAUGGCAUGGUCAUCCAACUCAAAAUGAACCCUCCAGACCAAGACAAUAAACCAAGGAAAAAGUCCAAAACAUCCCAAAGGUAUAUGGAGGAGGAUAAAAGGAAGAGGGACAAAAGGUGUGAUGAGGACAUCUACACAUUCAGAAGAGGGAGGGUGUAGCCCUGUACAAAAUUUCUAUAAAUUAGAGUUUAAAAGAUCAUUAACAGUGUAAUUCACACACACAUAAAGAAACAAAAGAAAAGUUUAUAAAUGGAGUUCAUAAAUAGUUAAAAUUGGGUAAAAGGUGUGCUGGUUAAAAGUAUAAAUAUAAUAUUUAGAGUUUAAUAAAUAAGACUAUUUACAGAUAAAGUUAAAUUCAUUAUAAAAAGUUUUUUAUGUUUCAUUUGAGAGAAAAAGUAGAGAAGAAGAAGCUGUGUUUAUCUGUGUAACCUAAUCUGUUACCUGUUACCUGUCAAUCAUUUAAUUCCCGUUUUGCUUUUGGUUGUGUUAGUACUUGAGCCAAUUAGAGUAACAUCAUUGUGUAAGGGGCGGGACUAGUGGGACAUGUUUGUGUGAGGAGUAGUGAGCACGUAUGGAAAACGGAGAACAGACGCUAUAAUGAGAGCGCUAAUGAAGGAGGCAUCGUGGUGUGGGAAGAAUUAAUGUUUUUAUGAAGGUCGACUACUCGUGGUCCUUACAACAAAAAAACUUUGGUGUGACCUGCAAGAGGUGAAUAUGAUUGUGUAUGCCUGUAUUUUUGUGCUAUAUCGAACUGUUAUAGUUAAGAGACUGGAUGUAUAAUGUAAUUAGUGACAUGCUAAUUAGCGGUAGCAUUCUGUGCCAAUGUGCUCAUAUGUUUUAGUAAUAGUUUUAGCAUUGUGAUAUCGCUAAAGCAAAGCUAACGCUAAUUCAAUAAGAAAUAGUGUUUGAUAAUGUGGCUAAAUUCAGAUAAUAUGCUCUAAGGAGACGGACGUUGGUGAGCGAGAGACUGGUUUACCAACCGAAGGCCCUGCUGUUUCUGCUUUGCUGUUUCUGUGUGCCCUGCCCUGAUCAUCUGUGCUGUGCUUCUUCCCUUUGCCAUUACCAUUGCCAUUACCAUUACCAUCGCUGUACUAACCUGGAUUCGAAGGAGCACAACAUGGGAGGAUCGCGGGUAUCUGCACAGAAACAUUGAGGACAUGAGCAACAGGGAAACAAGGGGAGCGAAUCGGUUACGGGUGGAAAUCUUGAAGACUGGAGAUGGUGGAGGGGAAGAGGUCCUCACUUGGCUCCUGACAAAUUAGGUCCUUGGGGCUUGGCUUGCGUCUUCCGCUACCAGUGCACCCACAAAUCCACAAUUUAAUUUACACAAUGUGUAAAAGAAUGAAGUUUAAGCAAUGUAAGCAAGAUUAGCGGCAA